AUGGGUGCAGUCCAGUGUGUGUAUGUGAGAGAGAGAGAGUGUGUGUUCAGGAAUGUGUACGUGUGAGUCGUCCCUCUCUAAGAGGUUACCAAUGUUGCUCUCCGUCUCUCCAGGUGUUGAGCCCCACAUACAAACAGCGUAAUGAGGACUUCAGGAAGCUCUUCAAGCAGCUACCGGACACAGAGAGACUCAUCGUGGGUGAGUUACUAAGGCAAAUUGCUAAGCAACUAAGUCCAAUUCGGUCAGCAAUAUGGUGGAUAUAGGACAUUUGUUUGGUUUUGGACAAGUUGGGGUUGGCUGGUUGGGGUCAAUUCCAUUUAAACUAUCAAUUCAGGUAAUUCAUCUUCUGAAUCGACAAUAUUUAAAUAGAAAUAACCCCGACAUUGAUGGGUGGAUGAUGUAUUCUACCUGGGCUUUGAUUUUUGACCUCUGACCUGUGCUGGCAGAUUACUCCUGCGCCCUACAACGAGACAUCCUCCUGCAGGGCCGACUCUACCUCUCGGAAAACUGGAUUUGUUUUUAUAGCAACAUCUUCCGCUGGGAAACGCUGGUACGCGCUGGGUCUCUGCCUGGGACUUUAUGUUAUUUUCAUCUUAUCUAUAUUUCCCUGGUGUUGGUUAGUUUGCAGUAUUGAAAUAGAAUUGAUUGUAUUUCUAUGGUUUGCAACACAGUAGAUAUUGCAUUAUUGUGGUUCAGUAACAGUUCAACAGAUAUAUUUAUCUGAAUAUUAAGCAAUAUUAAGCAAAAAAAAACGAUUUUGUUUGAAUGUGUGUGCAGCUGACAGUGAGGCUGAAGGACAUCUGCACCAUGACGAAGGAGAAGACAGCCCGCCUCAUCCCCAACGCCAUCCAGGUGUCCACAGACGGUGAGAAGGUAAGACAGGACAGGGACCGAAUCUUCGGCAUUCACUGACUGAGGGGAGGCUCAAACUUUCUCCUCAGUCUUAUUUCAAAACAUAUUUUUGAACUGAUACAAACAUUAUUUCCAUUCUCUCCUCACAGCACUUUCUCACCUCAUUUGGAGCGCGGGACAGGACCUACAUGAUGAUGUUCAGAUUAUGGCAGAAUGCACUGCUGGACAAGGUAAGCCAGCAACCUCAAUUAACCUCAUCACAAAAAAUCUACAUGUUCAGUAUAUUGAUACUUUUCUUUUCCAUUGAAUCCAAGUCUCUGCCAUACUGAGUGUUGUCUCUAACCCCUGUGCUCUAGCCCCUGUGCCCCAAAGAGCUAUGGCACUUUGUCCAUCAGUGCUAUGGCAACGAACUUGGCCUGACCAGUGACGACGAGGACUACGUUCCCCCUGAUGACGACUUUAACACCAUGGGGUGGGUGUGGUUUCCAUGGCAACAGAUAUAAACAAGCCUCAUCAAUUACCAUGGUUGAUUAAGAUGCCAUUGAUCUUCUGCAGGUUGUUAUGAGAGGCUGGCCUCAUUACUGAAGCACACACAAACACACACACCCCUUUCAGCCCUGCUUCACAUCCCUCUCAGCCCUCUGACCAUUACCAUGUAAAAGCAACACUCCAGAACUCAUAACCCUAACCUCCAGCUGGUCCCUGUUCCCCCACGGUGGUGGUGCAGGUUCUGUGAGGAGAUCCCUAACGAGGAGAAUGAGAUCAGUAAUGACAACUCGUCUAAGAGCAGCACAGAGGCCAAGCACGAGGGCAGCCCACCAUCCAUACACAAGAAAUGCAUCAUCACCAACAGCACCAUCAGCUCAUCCAUCAGCAGCGAGCCCCUCUCUGUGAGUCUCAGCGACAUAAUAGAGGUCAGAAGUUAAAUCAAUUACUGUUUUGUUAUUUGUUUUGAUGAAGUGGGAAAUGCAUUUGUAAUUCUGCCUAUAGACUGCAUAUAGGGAAUAAAGUUAAUGCAACAGAAUGUUUCGUAAUUUGAUUACCGGAACUGAAUUAACACCAAAACAUGAACACAGACCAUCCUACUCAUAACUAUGUACUAUAUUAUCCUACAGUGUCUUUCUAGUGACUGACCCCAUCCUCCUCCCCCUCUGUGUGUCCUAGUUUGACCUCCCUCCAGAGGAGUACAUCGACUGCCUCCCUGACGGGGAGCUACUGGCCUUGCCCCUGGUGCUGGAGCAGAGGCUAGCGGAGGCCAGCGGCCUGGUGCCCUCACCUUCCCUAGACUUCAACGACAAUGAAGACAUCCCCACCGAACUCAGCGACUCCUCAGAGACCCACGACGAGGGUACGGAUUCAAUCUUCCGUCCAUUAACAGAUUUGAUGCAUAUACACUACCGGUCAAAGGUUUUAGAACACCUACUCAUUCAAGGGUUUUUCUUUAUUUUUACUAUUUUCUACAUUGUAGAAUAAUAGUGAUGACAUCAAACUAUGAAAUAACACAUAUGGAAUCAUGUAGUAACCAAAAAAGUGUUAAACAAAUCAAAAUAUAUUUUAUAUUUGAGAUUCUUCAAAGUAGCCACCUUUUGCCUUGAUGACAGCUUUGCACACUCUUGGCAUUCUCUCAACCAGCUUCACCUGGAAUGCUUUUCCAACAGUCUUGAAGGAGUUCCCACAUAUGCUGAGCACUUGUUGACUGCUUUUCCUUCACUCUGCGGUCCGACUCAUCCCAAACCAUCUCAAUUUGGUUGAGGUCGGGGGAUUGUGGAGGCCAGGUCAUCUGAUGCAGCACUCCAGCACUCUCCUUCUUGGUAAAAUAGCCCUUACACAGCCUGGAGGUGUGUUGGGUCAUUGUCCUGUUGAAAAACAAAUGAUAGUCCCACUAAGCCCAAACCAGAUGGGAUGGCGUAUCGCUGCAGAAUGCUGUGGUAGCCAUGCUGGUUAAGUGUAUAAUAAAUCACAGACAGUGUCACCAGCAAAGCACCCCCACACCAUAACACCUCCUCCUCCAUGCUUUACGGUAGGAAAUACACAUGCGGAGAUCAUCCGUUCACCCACACCGCGUCUCACAAAGACACAGCGGUUGGAAUCAAAAAUGUCAAAUUUGGACAACUUUCCACCAGUCUAAUGUCCAUUGCUCGUGUUUCUUGGCCCAAGCCAGUCUCUUCUUCUUAUUGGUGUCCUUUAGUAGUGAUUUCUUUGCAGCAAUUCGUGGCCUGAUUCACACAGUCUCCUCUGAACAGUUGAUGUUGAGAUGUGUCUGUUACUUGAACUCUGUGAAGCAUUUAUUUGGGCUGAAAUUUCUGAGGCUGGUAACUCUAAUGAACUUAUCCUCUGCAGCAGAGGUAACUAUGGGUCUUCCAUUCCUGUGGCGGUCCUCAUGAGAGCCAGUUUCAUCAUAGCGCUUUAUGGUUUUUGCGACUGCACUUGAAGAAUCUUUCAAAGUUCUUGAAAUGUUCUGUAUUGACUGACCUUCAUGUCUUAAAGUAAUGAUGGACUGUCGUUUCUCUUUGCUUAUUUGAGCUGUUCUGGCUAUAAUAUGGAUUUGGUCUUUUGCCAAAUAGGGCUAUCUUCUGUAUACCCCCCUACCGUGUCACAACACAACUGAUUGGCUCAAACGCAUUAAGAAGGAAAGAAAUUCCACAAAUUAACUUUUAAGAAGGCACACCUGUUAAUUGAAAUGCAUUCCAGGUGACUACCUCAUGAAGCUGGUUGAGAGAAUGCCAAGAGUGUGCAAAGCUGUCAUCAAGGCAAAGGGUGGCUAUUUGAAGAAUCUCAAAUGUAAAAUGGUUACUACAUGAUUCCAUAUGUGUUAUUUCAUAGUUUUGAUUUCUUCACUAUUAUUCUACAAAGUAGAUAAUAGUAAAAAUAAAGAAAAACCCUUGAAUGAGAAGGUGUUCUAAAACCUUUGACCGGUACUGUAUAUAUGGCAUGAAACAGGCUCUUCAGUGAUGCCGCUAAGUCUUGGUAAUACUGUCACCAUAUGAUAUUAUGUCCCUAAGGGCACUUCAUCUAAAGUGUGUUUCCCUUUAAGGCUCUCCAGCAGGGGAGGUGCAGGCCUUCCACGACGACCUUAAAGGGAGACAGUACAUCGAUGAGGUUUACAAGUUCAGUGUGGACAAGAUGUAUAACAUCCUCUUCACAGAAUCCCAGUUUAUGACCGACUUCAUGGAGCAGCGCAGGUUCUCUGGUCAGUCAGACAUUCUGUCCGUUGGCGUUAGCGUCAGCAUCACAUUAUUGGCUCUUCCAUUGGUGUUGUCCUUUGACUAUGUAGCGAAAGAAUGUGUAUCCAUAUAACCCCACACAGAUAUAGUGUUUCACCCCUGGAAGAAGGAUGAUGCAGCGGGGAACCAGACGAGAGAGAUCAUGUACACCAUCUCCCUGUCCAACCCGCUGGCCCCCAAGACAGCCACAGUCACAGAGACCCAGACACUGUACAAGGCCAGCCAUGAGAGUGAGUGCUACAUCAUCGAUGCUGAGGUCAUCACACACGACGUGCCCUACCAUGACUACUUCUACACGCUCAACCGUUACAUGCUGACACGGGUGGCCAAGAACAAGUGCCGGUUAAGGUGAGGAGGGCCUUAUAACAUCUGUUGUAAUAACAUGUGGCUCUUGAAACUAUUACAUGUUCAUUUAGAAACACUGCCUUAUACCAGCCUAUGCCUUGUCCCUAGGGUGUCCACUGAGCUACGUUACAGAAAACAGCCAUGGGGAUUAGUGAAGGGCUUCAUCGAGAAGAACUUCUGGAGCGGGCUGGACGAGAACUUCCGCCAUCUUGGUAAGUUCCUUUACUAGCUGUUAAGUCUGUCACACCAAAUAUCCAGCAACAUUUAAUCUGAUGACCGUAAGCCAUCCUAAUGUAUGAAUGUAAAAACGGCAUCUGUGUGCCCUGUCAGAGUUGGAACUGUCGAAGGUGGAGGAUGUGGUGUUGGAGUCGGCCCGGCCCUCUCCCAAGGUCAAGGUGGUGAAGACGUCUGUAAGACGGAGGAAGAGACCCCUGGUCCACCUACGGAGCCAGCACCUGGACAACGUCCUCCUCAGCCCCAUCACCACGCCAACCGACGACGAGGUCAUCCACCGCAUCAAACACGUGGGCGUGACAGGUCAGAUGGCAGGGGGACACUUUCUUUUAAAAACGUUUUUUUACUUUCUUUUACUUUUUUUAUACUCUUAUACACACACUUAUAAACUCUUAUACACUGUAGGUUCUUAUACACUUUCAUACAGUACAUACAUUACAUACACUCUUAUACAUUUCCACACAUUAUAUUGUGUUAAAUAUAUCUAGUUGACCUGGUCUGUGUUUGGUCUGCCCCCCUCAGGUUCCACUCAGACCAGGCACAUGCCUGAGCAACUUCCUGGAGGCUCCACCCUCUACAGCGUCUCCAAACUGCUGCUCAUCAUCAGCUUUGUGUGAGUACACUCUCUAUCUCACACACACUCGUACACACACACACAUACAGUAUACACACCCACUUUCAGAUCCAUCUUAAUCAUUUGUGUUUCAUUUGUAGUCAUUUCAGUUCAACUUUCUUUGAAAUCUUUAGUAGUUAGCAAAAAUCUGAUUUUGUGUUUAACAUUUGUUUGUUUUUGUUUGUGUUCUGAAUGUGAUUCCUCUCUCCUCUCCUGUCCUUUCAUUGCUUGCCAUAGGAUCUGUCUAAGGUACAUCUGUCUAAAGAUAAACCACUUAGACCUGACUUGGAAGCAUACUCCGCCCUCAUUGUAACUGGUUCAUUAAUGAAUAUACAGACUAAAGCGCCUCUGUAGCUUUCAUCACUCAUCUUCUUUCCUUUGUCCAUUACAUUCUUCUGUUUUCCUCUCCUCUUUCAGCCUGGUUUUGCUGGUGUUCCUCAACAUGAUGCUGUUCUAUAAGCUGUGGAUGCUGGAAUAUUCUGCACAACAUCUUACCACCUGGCAAGGGCUCCGGAUACAUGAAAGGUACGCUAAGUCGCUAACCACCCAUAGGUUUUUGGCAUUAUGCCUAUUGCCUACAUAUGACUGUGUCCUUAGUCAAACCCAGACUGCAUAUGCCUGUUUAGAUUCAUCUGAAAACCAAAUGGGCUUCAGCCUGUUUUCCCAACCACAAAAAUCUUAUGCUGCAUAAUUGCCCCUGAACAAUGCUUUGCUUUGUGUUGCUCUUGGCCGUGGCAUCUGGGUGUGUUUGACAGUAUGUGUGUGUUUCUGUCUAGUAAACUGCCCCAGACGCAGAUGGAGUGGGCCCAGCUCCUGGAGUCCCAACAGCGUUACCAUGAUGCUGAGCUGCAGAAGUGGAGAGAGAUCAUCAAAUCCUCAGUGGUGCUAUUAGACCAGGUAGGGAACAGUGGUACUAUUAGACCAGGUAGGGAACAGUGGUACUAUUAGACCAGGUAGGGAACAGUGGUACUAUUAGACCAGGUAGGGAACAGUGGUACUAUUAGACCAGGUAGGGAACAGUGGUACUAUUAGACCAGGUAGGGAACAGUGGUACUAUUAGACCAGGUAGGGAACAGUGGUACUAUUAGACCAGGUAGGGAACAGUGGUACUAUCAGACCAGGUAGGGAACAGUGGUACUAUCAGUCCAGGUAGGGAACAGUAGUACUAUGAUUAUAGUUAUUUGGGGGGUUUUAAUGUUUUCUGUUUUCCUCUACAGAUGAAAGACUCUCUAUUGAACCUUCAAAGGGGCAUCGGCUUAAGGGACUACAGCUCAGAAGCUGAGGAGAAAAGAAGCCAUUACCACUGACAUACGACCUUAGGCCAUGAGGGCAUGGUGUGCAAUAUAGGAACUGUUUGUGUAUAAGUAUGCAAACAAAACAAAGAGAGACAAGAGACCAACCGACCGUGAGGCAAGCUGGCCCCAGUGUGACAGGGACGGCCUGCCGGCUGCCACCCCCCAGCUCACAGAGGUCACGACCCCGCAGGUCAGACCAUGCAUGGACAGGAAGUGCCCCUAUCACAGACAGGAAAUUAACAGUGGGGUUCCCACAGCACUGAGGCAUCAUGGGAAGGCGACAGCUCCGCUUACCUUGAUGCCACUUCUGUCUCUUAUUUUUCUUUGUCUUUUAAUUUUGGAAGGACAUCGUACUGUAAGCCAUUGCCACGUGGGGAAUAGAGGACAAAAAAAAGCUCAGCAUGUGAUUUUACUUUUCACCUUAACUCCUCUCAAUGAGCGUCUUUCUGUGGUUCCAUUCCUGCUUUGUGAGUGUCUAAAGACGAACAAAAGAGGAGAGAUAGACGAGGAAAGGGGUCCUACAGUCUCUAGGCUUUCUACACUCCCUUGACUGUUCCAAACCGAUCCUCCCCUACAGGUCCGCGCUGCAGUGUCCCUUUUAUUAACCCCUCUGAUCUUGGCCACAGAUCAUGCUGUAGAGUAGCAGGAUCACCAGCAAAGACAUAUUAUAGAGUAUAUCUAUGUGGAAACACAUUUCCACUGAAAUGUCUCUACUGCCUUGUUUUUUCCCUGGGCUCAACAGUGCAUCAGGGCUGGUUUCCCUAAUCACCUAGAGCUAGGCUGUUGUGUUGGAAUUUGUAUAAUGAUUGAUUUAGGUGGAGGAGGGUCCUUCUUACAGGUACUCAAUACAGAGAAACGUUAAGAGAUUGCAGGAUGUUAUUGGGGAUAGAGAGGAUAUGUAAUGUGGCGCGUCAAAACAUCCAUGCUUGGUGGCAAAUGGAUCUCCUGUUAACAACAGGAAUUUAUGGAAUUUAGAGUCUUCUUGAAGGUUUAUGAAUGAGCUUUAUGUU